UGCACGACUUGAUUUUUAUUUACAAAAAUCGUCGACCAAAUGGCGAAACAUGACGAAUCAACAGUUGUUUGUGUAAAAAGUAAAUGGGAGCGAGGAACAUAGACCCAAUACGUCAUUUAGUCGACAUGGAGAUGCGAUUUCAGAACCAGAUGAUGAAUGUAUGGAGGAGACAUCGCAUUCGUCACGCACAAGAAAUUUUCCCUGUUCGCCCAGCAGAACCAGGAAAACCACGUUAUGAAAGGGUUAUUGUGGAUGGUGACAUUGUAAGUUAUCUAGCAAACCCCCACAAUCAAGUGGGUAUCUACAUUGCUUCUGACCCCUUGACCCCAGAUGAUUAUUACUUUGAAGUUGAAAUCUUAGAUAGUGGAAACUUAGCAACAAUAGGUGUUGGUCUUGUACCAUUAAGAUAUCCAACAGACUCUCAGCCUGGGUGGAGGGCUUUCUCUGUAGGGUAUCAUGCUGAUGAUGGAAAACUGUACAAAGCUAAUGGAUUUGGUAAACCAUUUGGUCCUAAAUCUCAGGCUGGGGAUAGGAUAGGCUGUGGAAUCAAAUUUCCUAAGCCAAAUGCUGAUCAGGAAAACCCAGCAGCCCAGAAUAUGGCAAAGGUCUUCUUCACACACAAUGGGAAAGAGGUUGGCAUCGUCAUGGCAAUGUUACCACCAGAUGGAAACCUCUAUCCAGCAGUGGGCAUGCACUCUGAGGGUGAAGAGGUCAAGGUCAUGCUUGAUGCAGAGUGGCACUACGAGGAUUUAGAAUUAAUGGCGGUGGAUGAUGGGGAAGAUGACUGGUCUCGUCUCCAUGACGUCAAACUCAACGGCACGAUGUUGGAGUAUUCAGGGAGAGGAAAAAGCAUCCAUGAUGUUGGACUAGCCCAGGCUAGGUAUCCCCUUGAUACCACCAAUCAUUACUAUGAAAUAGAGGUCGUGGAUCCAGGAGAAAAUUGUUAUAUUGCAAUAGGAAUCGCAAGAAGGAAUUAUCCUAAGAACCGACAUCCUGGAUGGAAUAAAGGCUCUGUGGCAUAUCAUGCAGAUGAUGGUAAAAUUUUUGUUGGCUCUGGAGUGGGUGAGCCAUUUGGUCCCAAAUGUCAUAAAGGUGAUAUCAUGGGUUGUGGAAUCCUCUUCCCUAAUGACUAUGACAGUGAAGCUGAUAGUGACCAGUCUCCGGAUGAUCCGGAUGUCAGUAACAGAGAGCUGGAUGAACUGGAUCCCUCCGACUCGGAUGACUCAGAUGAGGAGAACAUGUGGUGGAGACCUGGUAAUGAUGACCAAGGAACCAAAGUACAGGUAUUUUUCACAAGAAAUGGAAAGAUUGUGGGAACGAAACAGGUGUCAAUACCAAAAGGAGGAUUUUAUCCAACAGUUGGAAUGCUCAGUAGUUGUGAAAAAGUGCGAGUGGACUUGCAUCCAUUGACUGGAUGACCUCUAUGACCUUUAGUUACUCCUAUAAGUAUUUCACACUGACCAAAUUCCCAGUGCUUAAGUCCCACACAACAAUAUGCACUGGAAAUUCUCUCAAGCUUGUUUCACUGUUAACAUUCUGCACCUAUAAGAAGGAUGGUGUAGGCAAUAGCACUGGAAUCAGGAUAAGCCGUAUUCUUUUUUGGGGGAAGUAAUUUGUUCAUUUUCAAGCUAUGUGCUUGUAUUGUACGAACUCUUAUGUAGGAUUGUGCUACAAUUUGUGCCAAAAAGUUUUUUUUUUUUUUAUUUUAAAAAUCCAAGCAAAGUUUUGCUAUAAUAGAUAGAGCAUACUCCACUGAAUUUUUUUUAACAAUAUCUUCACAGCUAUUGGAAACAUAUGUAACAAGUUAAAAGGAAUUGGCAUGUAGACCUUGGUGUACAUUUAUUUUACUUUACUGAUACAUAAGACAUAUUUCAUUGAGUAAACUACUAGCUAAUAAGCAAUUUAUACAUGUAUGUUGCUUUUUUUUUUUCUGGAGCUACCUUGGAGUAAGCUGUAUUUAAAGAAUGGUUAUUUAUAGCUCUGAUUUUUUUUUUUCAAAAUCUGGUGAAAAUGAAAUAUUAAAUACAAUACAUGUAUAUAUAAUUGUUUCAAUGAAUUUUUUUCUGCUUAUAUAUGUACUUGUACAUAUAUUAUGAAUUGUGAAUGUACAUGUAAUUAACAAAGUUAAUUAACAAAAAUCCAGCAUAUCAGGAACAGUAACUCUGUCUAUAAUCUUGAUGGAACAUUAGCUGUGAUACACCUUAAUACAUAUUUUAUUAGCAUACUUGUUUGAGAGAGCAGACAUGUGUGAAUUUCUGUAUGAUUUUAUAUGAUUCAGGUUUACAUGUGUUUCGAGUGUGAAUUUUGUAGUCAUGGUUCAGAUACUUUGAUUUUUUUUUAUUUAAAUCGUUGUUAUUUGUUUACCACUGAUUUUUGUUAACAUGAGCAUUUGAUGGAGAUAGCUUCUGACGGAAGUAAAUUGUUCCAUUGUUUGUCAUCUGUGUUAACAUAUAAAACCUUUCACCUGUAAUUCUCUGAGAGUAGUCUUUUCCUUAUGCAAAGAUGCCUUUUUUGCAUCAUUCACUAAUUGCACUCUUGCUUCAUGUGAGAUGCUUAAAAAAAUGAGUAUGAGUCAGUGAUACCCCCCCCCCCCCCAACAAAAAGCCUUCUUGUUUGAAGACAAGCAACUUAACAGUAUUAGAUGAUGGUUUUGGUUGUCAAUAUGUUAGUUGUAAUUGGUGAGAGAGGUCAGAUGGUUUUGUAUUAACAGUAUUUACAUGUAGUUGUUUAUGGUUUUGACUUUAUGGUAUGAAACAGUUCAGAUUAACCCUGUUUGAUGAAGAAUGUUUCUGUUGUAUGUUGUUGUUAAUCUUUGUUGUUUGUUUCCCUCAAAUAUAUAUUACUCAAAACUAGUAUUUUUUAAUGAACAUACAUAUUCUGUUAAUAUUAAGAGAUAGAUUUUAAAAAAUUUGAUCAGUUUUAAAUAUGUAGGGUGAAUAUUUUUGCAGUUGGUCAUUAAAAGAAAAGGAUAAGGCACUAAACAAGAAUUGCACACUCAAAGACUGGGGCAAAAGAAUUUCAGGUUGAAAUAUUCAAAUAAUUAUCCACUCUCAGAUUGUAAAAAUCUAUGAAGGUUUUUACAUAAAUUAUCCCAUUAGAGUAUAAGCAUAGAAUAAAAAGUUUUUUGGAUUUAUUUGUAGUGUAAUUUUAUGCACACAAACUUUUACAUUUCUCUGAUGUUACUAUGAUGUUUAGAUACAUUUAUUGUCACUUAUUACGACAGAUGUUUAACGAAGAAUCAAUUAAAUUUCAUUUUCCAUAAGCACCCAUGUUCCUGUCAAAAAGAAAGCAAAUGCCCAGAUUCUGUAUAGUUUUCUUUACAUUUUUAAUUUCAUAUUGUUUAAAUAUUUCAGAGAUUCAAAUCAGGACUGAGUACACUAUGCUGUAGGAAAACACAUAUUAGUGCUUUGCUGAAUACAUAAAUUAAUUUUGUAAUAAUUAUGCACUUUUGUUUGGAGAAUUUCAGGAAAAUAAAUUGCACACGUACAUGUACACUUAACAAGAUAAGAGCAAUAUAUUAGAAAUAUCUAUAUUGUGACGAAUCCCAUGCAAAUGUAGGCUCAGUUUUCCUUCUAUACUUUUAUGGAAUUGAUUAUACUUUCAGAUAACUAUUGAAAGUUUAUAUUACCUUGUUUGAAACAAAUUACCUUAGAAAGAGGAUGUAAAUUUUUGUUAACUUGUCAUAUGCUUUCAACACAAUUGACAUAAUUUGUUGGAGGAGGAAACAAUAACCCAAAUUUUUUUUUUCACUUCUGGGUGUAAAGCAAGAAUUAAAUGUACAGUGUACAUGUACCAGCAUGUAAUUAUAUGUUUUUGCAUAAUGUAUUUUUCAUUAAUUUAUUCAAACUUAUGUCAACUUGUUACACUUAAUUGUGAAAUAUUACAGCAAGUUUUGACCACGUGAAAGACAACAUCUUUUUGACUGACAUUGAUUACAUUUGUGGUUGAUAUGUGUCAUAAAAACUUAUGCCAUGUAAUAUGAAUAGAAUGCUUUUUGAUGCCUUUUUGUAAUAAAUACAUAUAUGUUAUAA